CAAUCGUCCAUCAAGAGUAUACGUGAUGACGACAGCUAUGUUCUGUGCACAAAUUCAUUUUCUACGAGUUUGACAGGUAAUCAACUGACAGUUUUUAAAAACCUCGAAACGAUAACUGUUCAAAAAAUAUCUUACGAUGGAAGCAGUACCGAGGUUGCCGAUGAUAUAUUUUCAGUUGAAAGUUAGUCCAGAACCAACUACGUUUGGACCAAAGCUAAAGCAGUACAUACGUGAUUUUUACAACGAAGAUGCAGAAUCGUACGCAAACGAAAUAUAUCAAUUGGAAAGUUUACGGGCAAUGGCUGUUCGACCACCCAUUGAUAUGGCUGGCUGUUUAUUAUUAAAAAAAUACUAUUGUCAAUUGCAUUUUCUUCAAAGCAGAUUCCCCAUGGAAAAAGAUGGCACAGCAGCAAUCACAUUUACAUGGAGAGAUACAUAUGCAAAUAUGGUUUGCUCACUGGCAAGUAUUCCUUUUGAAAUAAUUUCUAUCUUAUAUAACAUUGGUGCAAUGCAUACUCAUUUGGGAGCACGUACAGAGAGAACAUCGGCCGAUGGUAUGAGAAUGGCUUGUGCUCAUUUUCAGUGCGCAGCAUGGGCAUUUGAACAUUUAAAAAGCAAUUACCCACAGCCAUCCGGUGUUGAUUUAGCACCAGAAUUAAUGACAUUUAUGCAUCAGUUGUGUUUAGCCCAAGCACAAGAAUGUAUAUUAGAAAAGAGCAUGCUUGACAACCGCAAACCCACAAUCGUAGCAAAAGUCGCAAGACAGAUAGUGGAUUAUUUUACUCUGGCAUUAACUACGCUUGAACAAGGUGGAAGCGAGGAUGGAACCAUAUCGGAUACAGUCGGUACUAAAAUAUAUAAGAGUUGGAAACGAUAUGUGAAAUUCAAAAAAGCUUACCACUUAGCAGUCACUCAUUUGUAUCAAGGCUUGGCUGCCGAAGAACAAAGAAAAAUGGGUGAAAGAGUAGCAUUUUAUAACGUUGCAUUGGCUUCUCUAAACGAGGCACAGUUAAUUUAUGCUAACGCAAAAGGAGCGAUAGGUAUAACGGGUGCAGCCGAUGAGAAAACAAUUGUUGAAGAAGCACUUACGUUUACGAACGAUGUGAUAGAAGGGAAACGCAAAGCUGCCAAAAAUGAAAACGAAUUUAUAUAUCACGAGGAAGUACCUGAAAAGGAAACACUUCCUACGGUAAAGGGAGCAUCCUUAGUUAAAGGAAUAUCGUUUAGUAUAAAUGAUCCUGAAGUCUCAGGUCCUGAUAUAUUUGCCAGAUUAGUUCCAAUGAAAGUACACGAAGCAAGUUCUUUGUACUCGGAAGAAAAAGCAAAAAUAUUACGUUCCGUCGGUGGUAAAAUUGAGGAAAAAGAUCAACAAUUAAAUACCUACUUGGCGUCCUUAAAACUCGAACAUAUGAGUUUAUGGGACCCUGAUGUUCAAACCACAGAAUGGGAACGUUUACCCCUUCCCGAUGAAUUGGUCGAAAGAUGUGCAGCUCUAAACGCAAAACAACACAUAAUUCAAGAUUUGGUGGAUAUAAUGGGGAAAUUGUCCGACACCAGUCAAGAUGUUGAAAAAAUCUUAAAGGAAAUUAAGAAACUUCUUCUCGACGAAGAAAUGAAAGAGAAACAAUAUCAGGAUACAGUUGGAAAACGACCGCCGUCGAUAGUAGCGACUGAUUUAACCAGAGAAGCUAAGAAGUACGAAGAAGCACACAACAAGGCAUCGGAAAGUAAUCACGCUUUGCAUAAAGCAAUAACAAUGCAUGUAAAAAAUUUAAAAGUACUCGCCCAACCGCUGGCCGAGUUAAUUGCAUAUGUACCUUCACCGAGUGCAUAUCUUUCAGAACAAAACAGCGAAAAAUCACACAGUGCUAUUGAAUUAGAACGAAUGCAUACGAAAGAAUUGAAACGUAUUUUAAAUAAAGUAGACGAAAUGCGUAGACAAAGAAAUGAAUUACACGGAAAAUUGAGAGAUUCGAUCGCUCAAGAUGAUCUAACACGCUUAUUAGUUACCGCCACAUCCGACUCUGGGCCCUUGGAUCGCUUAUUUGCUGAUCAACUUAGCAAACAUCAAACAGUGGUAAACUUGAUCGAGCAAAAUCUCGCUGCGCAAGACAAUAUUUUAGCAGCUUUGACAGAUGCGUACGCUCAAACUGCCAAUGUGCGGAAAGGAGUCGAGGAAAUAUUGAAGCGCAGAGAACACACUAUUACCUCUCUGAUUGCGUCUUACGAUGCCUACGAAGAUUUAUCAGCCAAGUCUAGCAAAGGUCUGGAAUUUUAUAGAAAAUUAGAAAUAAACAUUUCGAAGCUACUUCAAAGAGUUAAGAGCACCUGCAAGGUGCAAGAAGAGGAACGCGAGCACAUACUCGCGCAGGAUAAUAAAAGUUCUCAAGAUAAAGUCGAUACGAUGACGUCCGCCACUUACGAUCAAAGCCGUAGCAGAUCUGGCAGUGGUCUUAAAUUGAAAGAUUAUUUGAAUAACAGGCUAGAGAAUGUUCAAAAUCAAUAUUAUAAUUUAUAUAAAGGACAAGGUAGAUCACUUCAAGCGGAUGCAACCGCCAAAUCGUAUUUAAACGAUACGGUGGAUAAAAAUAAUGCACCAAUUCUUUCUGGCGGAAUUUCAAUGCCGGAUACAAUAUCGUCUGCAAAACCUAUGCAACAAUAUUAUCCUACGACUUACACAGAUUACAAGACGAAUUUGCCAUAUUCCUACGACACGUCUACGUAUAACGAAAAUGCUGCUGUAAACAUUGCUUUAGGUCAGAAUUAUAUGCAAAUAAGUAACUCGGAUACUCUAAGUACUUAUCAGCAAAUGCCCGUUACCGGCACGACAACGACUAUGACGAACACUGCGGUACAAUAUCCGGUAAAUACUUUUGUAUCGAAUGGACAAUACUCUGGAGCCAUGGAUGGACAACACGCGUACUCUACCAAUGCUCAACUACAGUACAAUCUUCCUUCCAACGCGUAUGACACUUAUCAGCCUUCGAUAAAUUAUACUGGAUACAAUAUUGCACAACAGCAGUAUCCAACUAAUUUGGAGAAAACUGGUAGUGUCGUUAAAACGGAAGUUCGAGAGGUGCCGCCUCAAAUUCCAGUAGCACAGUCGUCCAUAUCCACAUCGAGUACAGUCAACAAAGUAAUCGACGCGCAACCGCAUCUUUAUACCACCGUGGAUCAAGAAGGACAAGCGUACGUGCCCGAAUCUCAACAAAAACAUGUCCCUCAAGAAUCUCUUCAAACUGUUAUCAGCCAGCAGCACAUACUGCCUAUGGAUAAUUCUCAGAUGCAUAAUUACGUUGUUCCUCAAAUUAGCCAUAACGAGGUUCCAGGCUCUCAAAAUUAUGGUGGCAGAUUAUAUUAUAAUCCGUCUGAUCCGCAUGCGCAGCAAACCGCAUCGGCUCAAAAUAUAUCCGGAUCGACUAAUCCUGCUGCAUCCACGCCGUAUAUACCAACACAAUAUGUAAAUGCAACCGUUCCUCAAUCUGUUCAUUCUACUAUUUCCUUGACUGUUCCAGGAAAUGAAAUGUCCACCUCGUAUUCGUCGAAUUUACAAAACUCCAAUAUCGUCCAAUAUCCGCAGCAAAAUUGUACGGAACAGAGCCAACAAAUUUACACGGAUAAAACGUAUCCGUAUGGAUCGCAAGUAGCCAUUAACGAUGCUUCUUUAAGCUACCCUAGUACUUACCACAGUUUGCAGCACGGUGCCAGUGGCACAUAUCCACAGACCAUGAUGCCCGUGGAUGCGUGUAACACGUACACGUACACGAACUGUCCUACUAUCGCAGAAAUAAUUCAAAGUCACGCAAAGUCAUCGACUACGCAGAAUUAUUCGCAAGUGUAUCAAUAUCAACAACAACCACAUUAUUCCGGAUACGCCGGUUACUCUCAAGCCUACGACCAGGGAUAUAAUUACAUGCAAGGAAAUCAAAUAGCAAACACAGCAGCGGAACCUUACAACGGUCAAAUAGAAUACGCUUAUAAUUCUACUACUCAGUGUUACGAACAAAAUUCUAGCAAUCUUCAAACGUCACAACCUGUUCAGAUAUCGCAACAAGUUCCCGAUUCAACGUCAGAAACAUGUACCGACGUUAGUAACGGUUACCAGCAGCAAGAAAGUAACGCAAGAUACACAAAUGCUAGUAAUAAUUCCAUGGUCAGUCAAACUCCGUCUUCUCAGUAUUCAGAACAACCGUUUCAACCUCAAUGCUCGUCCGAUAUUUAUUACACUACACCGUAUGGUCUUCAAAUGCAAAACCAACCGUUAACUAGCAAAUCUGAAAACUAUACAAAUUAUAAUCAAACGUACAUGCAAGCUGUUAACAAUGGAACGAAUACAACAACCAGCGCGAACCCUAUGAAAUCAACCUCAAAGUCGUCGGAGAAGUCCAACGUGGACUUGCUUUCUGAUCUCGACAUUACCAUAAAUCAUGCGCCGUUGGUACCGGAAGUACGCCCUCUGAAUAAAACUCAAACUCAAGAGGAACCUGAGACGAAAGACGCUACCGACGAAGACAAUACAGAAAAGGAGAAUGAAAACGAGAAAGCAAGCGUUCAGUCUACUACUGCCGAAGAUAAAGUAGAAAAUGAACAUUUGCAAAUUGUAUGGGAUACGUGGUAUAAUGAUGUACAACCAAAGAAAGAUCCUUUAGGUGAUCCAGCAGCUUUACAGAAGUUCAUUAGCGAGGUCGAAAAAUAUGAAAAAUUUGUAGAUAGUUUACUCAUUAAAACGUUAAGCGGAGCGACUAACCUUGACAUAAAAUGGAAGGAAGUUCAAGAGUUUGAAGAAAGGGAAAGUGGAAAACAAUCCUGUACGGUAGCAUUGGCACAUUCCUCGGAGAACAGAGUGACUGAAUGUAUUCCGUAUGAUACAACGAGGGUGCAGAUAUCUUCAACGGAUGUUCCAAAUUAUAUUAACGCUUCUCAUAUAAUGGAAAUUACACAGUGGAUACCAACGUCGUUUAUCAUUACUCAAUCACCAUUGCCAGACAAAACGGAAGUGUUUUGGAUAAUGAUUUGGGAACAAGAAAGCGAAAUAAUCGCGUGUUUGGCAUCCGAUUCGCAAUUGAACGGUGAGAUAUAUUGGCCUAUAAACGAAGAAGACAUUUUAAAUAUUGGUAGCUUCAGAAUUUCAUUGAAGAAGAGAACGAAUCACGUGUCGUACGUCCAGAGAGUUAUGUCUGUAUAUAAUAAUAAAAAAGAAUCAGAAAAGACUGUCGUGCAUAUGCAAUUUCUUACAUGGCCUUUUAACGGAUUUCCGAGUAGCCCUGGUGCAUUACUUACGUUUUCGACGGAUGUAAUGACCGAGCAAGCAUUGAGGCGUUGCUCGAAACCAAUAGUUGUACACUGCGUAGACGGUGGAGCAUUGAGUAGUUUAUUCUUAGCAGCAGCAGCAACAGUAUGUCAUAUUCGUGCUGGAUGUGGAAUAGUUGAUGUACCUCUUGUAUUCAAGGGUCUCCUAAAGUGCCGUAAACAAGUUGUAAAUAAGGAGUCCUUGUUAUUCGCGUAUCAGCUUGUCUUAUAUCAUGCUCAAGAUAUUUUAAUGAAACGUGGUAUUUUAUCAUCUACUCGCUCCACGUUUGAGAACUUCGAAGGAUUCAAAGGAAACAAAGAUAAGACAUCGAGAAAAAUGCAUCCUUCCGAUGAUUUUCUUCAGAGUCUUGGCAUUAGCGCCCAACAUCCUGAUACCGAACAAGGUCGACAGAAGACUUCUACGAAUAGCGGUACGGGACACUCGACUUCAACGUCGAUUCAAGAAAAAGGUAAAGAAGGAACGAUCGAUCCCCUAAGUCAGCUAGAUCCUUUAUGGUCCAUUAGAAGAUAAUCAAAUUGAAUUACAAGUAAAAAUUUAUGAUGCACUGAUUAAUAAAUCUAUUAUUUAAACGAGCAUUUUCAUUUCUACGUUUCUUAAAUUAACAAUAUUAAUAAGAAUAGGAUUAUAAGACAAUUGUAUAAACAACGCAGUUCGUAUUGCUAUAAAUGAUCCAUAUUUCCGAAA